AUGAACACUGAAGACCAAACCGACACCAACAACACCAUCACCACUCGCGAAAAUUACAAUGCAGCCGGGCAUUACCCCGUCGCCAAAUCAGUCAAGCAAGUCGUCGGUUACCCGCGCAUCGAUAACCGCCUUGCCUCUAUCACCAUCAAAGACUUGCUUAGGCAAAAUCCAGAGCUUGAAGCAGGUCUCCUGCGCACGCCAGAUAUCGACGCAGAAUUACAGCCAUUCUUUACAGGGAGAAGCAAAGGCUAGAGACAGACAGCUCGCCAAAAUUCAAAAAGAAGUGUACCAAGCUCUCCGCCCCGCCUGUUAUACACUCCACUUCUUGGAAACAUCAGUCUUACAUGAACACGCCGAUUAGGUCUUCAUGGCACCCAUGGCGCGCAAGUUUCAGAACAUCAUCGCACUUGGGUUCCACACAGCUGAAGACAAUUGAAUCGAAAGACGAGAAGCCUUGGCAAAAUCAGCGCGUUGGAGUCAAGCUCUCAUUAGUGCCUGCUCCACGACAGAAACCUCAGCUGAACACGACGCAGAUUUGUUUGGCCCCGAGUUCUGCCAAAAGGUUCAUGACGAAGCCCGCAACUGGAAUCACCAUCGCGUCAUUGUCAAUGCCAACUCGAACGGGAGCAACAGCAACUACAACAACCGUGGUGGCUUCCGUGGGUAUACCAAAACCCAAUGGAAAAACUACUCCGGAGGUGGAGCGGGCGCCAGCAAUACCUCCGACAGAUAAACAAUACAAUACUCAGGCAAUGGCGCAACCACGGCGAACCUGGAUUCAGCAUUGCCGACGUCUGAUGGUCCUGCAGCAACCAGUUCCACUAUGUACCGCCCUCAUAUCCAGUAGUAGGAGCUCUGCUACAAGUCAACAAACAAACCUGGGUUCAACACCAGAUCCAUGGACAUUGAAACAAAUAUCAGCCCGAGUACGGAUUCCCUUUACAGUUUUCCCCCAAAAAUGGUUGGCUACGAGGACCAUCGCUUACGUAUGUCACAGGAGAACGCCGCUCUCCUGGAUCAAGCAGUAUACAGGAGCUAUUACUGAACAAACAAGCCAUCGAAGAGAUUCCAUAUCACCAGAUGCAUGUGCAAUCGUAUCUGUUUCCGCUCCGGCAACACAACAAGGUUCGUGCGGUACUGAAUUGCUCACAAUUGAACGACUAUAUCCAAUACGAGCAUUUCAAAAUGGAGGGUCUGCCGACCUUGCGACAUAUGGUCCGUCCAUCGGAGUGGAUAGUGAGGUGCAUUCUCCAGGAUGCAUACUUACAUAUCCCGCUACAUUCGGACGACCGUCCUUCUGUGGCAUUUUGUUGGCAACAGAAGACCUAUCAAGCACGUCGCCUGAUGUUUGGAGUGGCCCAUGCGCCCCGGUUGUUUACAAAAAUUAACACAGCAAGAAACAACAACAAGCGAGUCAAGGGUAAUAUAUAUAAAACUUGGCUACCAUUAUACUCUGUUGUGUAUCUUCGCUGUUAGGCGUCAUUUAUAGAAACGAAAGAAGAAGAGUAGACAGCAAGGUGGAAAGAAGCGCAAGUCGCGAAAACAAUCAGCCGAUUAGGAUUCACGCGCAAAGUGUAGUUGCUUGCUGGAUAUGGAUUGAUACCCUUCUGCAUACUAGAUACUAGAUCACUGUAAACUAUUACUUCUGGCUCUGUAUAUACAUUAUUAUUUAACAUUUGUAUUUAAAGUAUAAUAGCGGUUGAUAACGGUGUAUUUGGGUGAGAGUCAGUGGUAAAAGUCGGGUAAUACUGGUGAAAACGCAGAGGAAAUAAGGGUAGUUUAAGGAAAUGCUGGUCAACGACAGGUCAAAAAAAAG